AUGAUCUAAAAGGAAAAAUAAUUUUAUAAUCUAAAAAAAUUUUUAAAAUCUUCAUAUUAAUCUCAUGAGGUUCUUUAUAUUUAAUUGACAGACAGGUCUUCAUCAUUCUUAUGCUCUUUUUUAGGAAAGUUCCUUAAUCUCUUGAAAAUUACACAUGAUCUUGGCAAUAAAAUUGGUGACUAAGGUGCAUCAGACUUAGGUUCUGGUUUAGGAAAGUGUACUAAUCUCUCAAAUUUGACACUUAAUCUUAAUUACAAUAUAAUUGGUGACGAAGGUGCAUCAGGCUUAGGUUCUGGUUUAGGAAAGUGCACUAAUCUCUCAAAUUUGACACUUUAUCUUCUUUACAAUAAAAUUGGUGACGAGGGUGCAUCAGGCUUAGGUUCUGGUUUAGGAAAGUGCACUAAUCUCUCAAAUUUGACACUUAAACUUUAUUACAAUAAAAUUGGUGACGAGGGUGCAUCAGGCUUAGGUUCUGGUUUAGGAAAGUGCACUAAUCUCUCAGAUUUGACACUUGAUCUUGG